CCGGUGGGUGGAGCAGUCGGGGAGGGGCUCGGCCUUUCUCUGGUGAUCCGGAACCGAGGUGACCCUUAGUUCUCUGAGAGCAUGGGCUGCGGACCGCGAGGGGAACCAGGAGAAAUCCCUGGAAGUCGUCUCGCCUUCGCUGAAUGCUCUGGGCUUUUUUCAGAGGAGGAAAAAUAUAGGAAGUGACGUCUGGGUCCGAAGCAGGCCGGGCUUGAGGACUUGUAGCGAUCCGCAGCUGGCCCUGGCCGGGCCGGAGCCUCCCCUGCGGUCUGGGUUGUCGAGUCACCCGCUGGACGGUCCCCUGUCCCGGGGUCCGCUCGCCGCUCGAGAGCGAGUUCAGCCUGCGGCGGGAACGCCCGCCGGGACACCUGUCGCUUGAGCUGCAAAGAACAUUAGAGAUGACUAUUUCUACAUCAUUUUAUAAACGAUUGAGUCUCGGGAAAUGUAUACAAUUUGUGUGAUCAACACAAAUUCUAUUGUUGAGAAUGGAAAACCACAUCCAACUAAAAAAUAUACUUUAAUAUCCCAAUUCCAAGCAUACACUGGAAAACACCCUUGCAAAACCAAGAGGAAACCGUGAAGAAAUGUUUUAAUUAUUGAAACCAUGGCUACAUCAGCAAAUCUGGACAUUGGGGCCCAGCUGAUUGUGGAAGAGUGUCCCAGCAGCUAUAGUCUCUCUGACAUGCCAGACAUCAAAAUAGAGCACCAGCUGGACCCAAACUCAGAAGAAGGGUCAGCGCAGGGUGUUGCCAUGGGAAUGAAAUUCAUAUUGCCAAACCGAUUUGAUAUGAACGUAUGUUCUCGGUUUGUGAAGUCCUUAAAUGAAGAGGAUAGUAAAAAUAUUCAAGAUCAAGUUAACUCUGACCUGGAGGUGGCAUCUGUCUUAUUUAAAGCUGAGUGCAAUAUCCAUACAUCUCCUUCUCCUGGGAUUCAAGUAAGGCAUGUCUACACCCCCUCUACAACAAAACAUUUCUCCCCCAUAAAACAGUCAACUACUUUAACCAACAAGCACAGGGGAAAUGAGGUCUCUACCACACCUCUGUUAGCAAAUUCUUUGUCUGUUCACCAGUUGGCAGCUCAAGGAGAAAUGCUCUACCUGGCUACUCGUAUUGAACAAGAAAAUGUUAUCAAUCACACGGAUGAAGAAGGAUUUACUCCCCUGAUGUGGGCUGCGGCACAUGGGCAAAUAGCUGUGGUAGAGUUCCUACUUCAGAAUGGUGCAGAUCCCCAGCUUUUAGGAAAAGGUCGAGAAAGUGCGCUGUCAUUAGCCUGUAGUAAAGGCUACACGGAUAUUGUCAAAAUGCUGCUUGACUGUGGAGUUGAUGUAAAUGAGUAUGACUGGAACGGAGGGACACCUUUGCUUUAUGCCGUCCAUGGGAAUCACGUGAAGUGUGUAAAGAUGCUGCUAGAAAACGGAGCUGACCCAACAAUUGAAACAGAUUCUGGAUACAAUUCUAUGGAUUUAGCUGUAGCUUUGGGCUAUAGAAGUGUUCAACAGGUCAUUGAGUCACAUCUCCUGAAGCUGCUUCAAAACAUCAAGGAGUGAUGCAACCCUUAGAAAAUGCCAGCUGCCCUUCUCUUCACUUCUUGGUCCUUAUAAAUGAUAAUUCUGUUUACGUGUAAAUUUUUACCUCAGUUGCAAUAUUUGCUGGUUUUUAGUGAGUUUUAAUAAAUAUUCCUCUGAAUAAUUCACUGGUUUAUAAUAAAGUUAAUCCUGAUUUUUAUUUUAAAAUAAUUUUUAAACAAAUGUGUUUACUAUAUAUUUAAAGUUAUAAAUUAAUGUUUUAUGGCAUGUAAAUUUUUAUGGUACAGGUGGUUAUGUGUCUUUGUAUUAAGUACCAAAAUUUGACACUUUGAGAAAUUCCACCCUGUUUAUCUUCACUCUUGUAUUAACUCUCUGACUUUGCACAGGGCUUACUGUAAGUCUAUGGGAGAAAAAAAUAAUGUUCUUGUUGAAUUAAAAAGUAUACAGUAUGAUGGUUUACAAAAUCAUGUUUAAAUAAAAUACUUCUGCUGUCUGUGCAUUCUA